AUGGCGGCCUUGAAGGUCUUCCGCCACAGCCACCUGGCCUCCAUCCACCGAACUGGGCCACCGCCUCCUGGGCCGCCGCCGCCUCCUGGGCCGCCGCCUCCGGGGCCACCGCCUCCUGGGCCACCGCCUCCUGGGCCGCCGCCUCCUGGGCCGCCGCCUCCUGGGCCACCGCCUCCUGGGCCGCCGCCGCCUCCUGGGCCACCGCCGCCGCCUCCUGGGCCGCCACCUCCGGGGCCGCCGCCGCCGCCUCCUGGGCCACCACCUCCUGGGCCGCCGCCUCCUGGGCCACCGCCGCCGCCUCCACCUGGGCCGCCGCCUCCGGGGCCACCACCUCCUGGGCCACCGCCGCCGCCUCCACCUGGGCCGCCGCCGCCUCCACCUGGGCCACCGCCGCCGCCGCCUCCUGGGCCACCGCCGCCGCCUCCACCUGGGCCGCCGCCUCCACCUGGGCCACCGCCGCCGCCUCCACCUGGGCCGCCGCCGCCUCCACCUGGGCCGCCGCCGCCGCCGCCUCCGCCACCGCCUCCUGGGCCGCCGCCUCCUGGGCCGCCGCCUCCUGGGCCGCCGCCUCCUGGGCCACCGCCGCCGCCUCCACCUGGGCCACCGCCGCCGCCUCCUGGGCCACCGCCGCCGCCUCCUGGGCCACCGCCGCCGCCUCCGGGGCCACCGCCUCCUGGGCCGCCGCCUCCGGGGCCACCGCCUCCUGGGCCGCCGCCGCCUCCUGGGCCACCGCCGCCGCCUCCUGGGCCACCGCCGCCGCCUCCUGGGCCGCCGCCUCCUGGGCCGCCGCCUCCGGGGCCACCGCCUCCUGGGCCGCCGCCGCCUCCACCUGGGCCGCCGCCGCCUCCUGGGCCACCGCCACCGCCGCCGCCGCCUCCUGGGCCACCGCCACCGCCUCCUGGGCCGCCGCCUCCUGGGCCGCCGCCGCCGCCUCCUGGGCCACCGCCACCGCCGCCGCCGCCUCCUGGGCCACCGCCACCGCCUCCUGGGCCGCCGCCUCCUGGGCCGCCGCCGCCGCCUCCUGGGCCACCGCCACCGCCGCCGCCGCCUCCUGGGCCACCGCCACCGCCUCCUGGGCCGCCGCCGCCGCCUCCUGGGCCACCGCCACCGCCGCCGCCGCCUCCUGGGCCACCGCCACCGCCUCCUGGGCCGCCGCCGCCGCCUCCUGGGCCACCGCCGCCGCCUCCUGGGCCGCCGCCGCCUCCUGGGCCGCCACCGCCGCCGCCUGGGCCGCCGCCGCCUCCACCUGGGCCGCCGCCGCCUCCUGGGCCACCGCCACCGCCUCCUGGGCCGCCGCCGCCGCCUCCUGGGCCACCGCCACCGCCUCCUGGGCCGCCGCCUCCUGGGCCGCCGCCGCCGCCUCCUGGGCCACCGCCGCCGCCUCCUGGGCCACCGCCACCGCCGCCGCCGCCUCCUGGGCCACCGCCACCGCCUCCUGGGCCGCCGCCUCCUGGGCCGCCGCCGCCGCCUCCUGGGCCACCGCCACCGCCUCCUGGGCCGCCGCCGCCUCCACCUGGGCCGCCGCCGCCUCCUGGGCCACCGCCACCGCCGCCGCCGCCUCCUGGGCCACCGCCACCGCCUCCUGGGCCGCCGCCGCCGCCUCCUGGGCCACCGCCACCGCCGCCGCCGCCUCCUGGGCCACCGCCACCGCCUCCUGGGCCGCCGCCUCCUGGGCCACCGCCACCGCCUCCUGGGCCGCCGCCGCCGCCGCCACCACCGCCGCCUUGCCUGCCGGUGCCACCUGCCUUACCAGUGCUGCCAGGGUUCGUGUCAAGUGCAGAAACUCCGGAGAAUAUGUCAGGAUCUGUUUCAAUGGUUUCACCAUCGGCUUGUCGAGCUCUUCUGCGAAGUGAUCCUCCUGUGCCGAGGUUGAUUCUUGAGCUCAUUCCACCGCCUUGCUGA